AUGCCGAAGGCUCACACGGUGCCCAAAACUUUCAAAGUCUCAAAGACGCCUAACUCCAAGGCUGUCAAGGCGAACGCGACCACCAACUCCAAGGACCCAACGUCCGAUGAGCUGCCGGCGGGAUGCAUCUUCGUCUUCCUCGACGGCCUGGCAGCGCGGAACGCGAUCCCGACGCGCCACCUUGCGGACGCUCAAGCUUGCGCCAACAAGUACAAGGUCGAACUGCAGGCGUCUGAUUCGCGUCCCGUUCGUCUCGAUCACCUCAAGAAGGCCAUGCACAUCUGGACGAAGGGCAAGGAGCCCAAGCCCGGCAAGGAGCGCUGGGAGUGUUCCAAGGACCGGGGUGAGUGCUGCAAGACGACCACGAAGUGUGAGCGCUGCUGGUGGAUGGCGCCCCGCGGCAUCGUCGUGGGCAACAAAGCCAACAAGAUGAUGGAGAGCUUCCUUAGCGACCCUCGCCCGCGAGUGAUUGCGAGUGCGGAGCCGGGGCACUCGAGUCCCACUGCUUCUCCCCAAAACCCGGAAGGUGCGGGCGUGGUCCGCCUCGGCGAGAUGAGCCGGGACGGCAUGUUCAACUUCGGCCAGUCGUUCGAGUACCAGACGCACGGUACUGGGCUGGACACGUUCUUCACCAUCACGCCCAUCAAGUAUCCGAACGUCGCCGACGUGCAGGCCAGCCCCGACGAGACGGCUGAUGAUGAGGUCCACGCCGCCUGUGCGGCCCUCACUGCUCACAGCGAGGUCCUUGAGACCUCUGACUGA